GCGUGGCGAGAUGAUAGAUAGAUACAGCAUCUACGGUACUGCAGAGGAACCCAACUUCAACACUUUCUUGAGCAAGUAAACACCUGUUCCUGUUCUUCUUCUGCUCCUCUUUUUGCUGCAUCACAUUCAUAAACUCUCUCUCUCUCUCUCUCUCUCUCUCUCUCUCUCUCUCUCUCUCUCUCUCUCUCAUGUGUUAUUGUUAUCAUUCAUUCACAAGUCACCAGUCAUAACUUCCAGCCAAAGCUGCAAAAUUCAACUUUUCUUCCCUUCGACUGCUGCAUGAGCUAGUUUCCAAGCCAUAGAGGAAGAGAUAGUCAGAGAUCUAAUGGAGUACGAGAGGAUAGAGAAAGUUCAGGCUGGAAUAAUUUCUCCCAGUAAACUGAGGAUGAAGUUGUUAGGGCCUCAUCAUCAUAGGAAGAAGGAUGGAUCCAAUAGUAAUUCAUCCAGAACUUCCCCUUCAAGGCUUGAAGAUGCUGAAUUUGUUAAUAGCUUACUUGCUUCAAAAAAUGACAACCUUGAAGAUGAAGUUACAUCUCCAAGCUUAGAGGUUCUUUCGUCAAAGCCAUCCAGUGAUGCUGUGGUGGACCGGAAACAGAGUGGAAAGAUUUCCCAUGAAGCAAAGGAGACAAUAGCGAAGGAAAAUGGUGACACGGGUCGUGUAAAGAUGCAGCAUUUUCAGAAGGUUGUUGGUAGUGGAAGUUCAAGCACAAUUCACGCGCUGAGAUCAAUGGAAGAUGAAAAUCUUGAUUAUGACAGCAAUGCCAGCUCUUCGAGUUUUGAGUUUGAUAAAGGAGAGAGACCAGGGAACAAUCCUGCCAAUAGAUCUCUAUUCAGACCUAUUCCUUCUAAGUGGAACGAUGCCGAGAAAUGGAUAAUGAAUAGGCAAAACAUACAUGCUAAUCACUCAAAAAAACAUGUUGCACAUAACCAAGCAAAUCGCAUGGCAUCAAGCAUGGUGAGGGUUGCUCCCGAGUCUGCUCAUUAUGAUCAUAAGCUCUCCACAGGCAAGGUGACGGAAACGAAGAGAGUUGAUUUCUGUCAACCCACAUCACAUACGGGAUUCGAAAAGUUCUCUUUUGUUCCCUCCGAUGCUCAUUCAGUUUCAGGUCAAGCACAUGGAGGCAAUCCAGUGGUAGAGUCUUUUCCCCAAAGCAAAGAUUUGAAGGAAGUGAAUGAAUUGGGUCUAUCUUCCUCAAGAGGAACAGAUGAUCAAUCAGUGAUGCCUGGGAUAAGAUCCGUUGCGAUGAGAGACAUGGGAACUGAAAUGACCCCUGUCCCAAGUCAAGAACCUUCGCGGACAGCUACUCCUGUUGGGUCUGCAACUCCACUACGGAGCCCAGUUUCGUCGAUGCCCUCGACUCCUCGUAGAGGUGCACCAGCUCCAACACCUUUGGACAACAUGACCGAUGAAUUUUCCCAGUUUCCCGUUGAAAAUGGCAGAACACAUUUGUCCGAAGAAGAGAUGAAGAUAAAGACAAGGAGAGAGAUUGCAGCCCUUGGAGUUCAGCUUGGUAAGAUGAACAUUGCUGCAUGGGCAAGCAAAGAUGAGCAGGAAAAGAAUCAAUCUUCUCCUCAGGGCACCAAUAUGCAAGAACAGGAGAGAAUUGAAUUUGAAAAACGUGCUGCUGUGUGGGAAGAAGCUGAGAAGUCUAAACAUACUGCCAGAUUUAAGCGUGAGGAAAUCAAAAUUCAAGCAUGGGAAAGUGAGCAAAAGGCAAAAUUAGAAGCCGAAAUGAGAAGAACCGAGGCCAAAGUAGAGCAAAUGAGAGCACAGACGCAUGCAAAAAUGGUGAAAAAGAUUGCUAUGGCGAGGCAAAGGUCAGAAGAAAAGCGUGCUGCAGCUGAAGCUAGAAAAAAUAGAGAAGCAGAAAGAACUGUUGCUCAAGCAGAAUACAUACGCCAAACAGGACGAUUACCCUCUUCUUCCAGUUACAUAUGUUGUGGUUGGCUGUGAUAUAAACCUUAAAGAUUGCACUUGAAAGAAGAUGCACCUCGCUCUUUGAUUGCUUAUCUUUCUUACCAAGAUGAUAUGGAUCAUCUUAUACGUUACUUGAAACCUUGUAAUUUUCAAACAACUGAGUGCAAGUUGUUACUUCAUUAAAGUGAUUGCCGAGUGAUGUUUACAAGUUACAAAACCGUCUUUUUUUUUUUUGGAGAAAAAAAAUGAGAGAAAUGUUUGCUUCGAUGUACCUGGCCUUUUCUAUUUCAUUUUAUUGUAAAUUUUCUUGUGAUUUUGCUUUUA